AUGGCUGAAUACGAUCUCCCAGCGAUGAUCGAUCGAGUACUGAACAUCUCCGGUCAGCCGUAUGUUUACUACGUUGGUCACUCACAAGGUAGUCUCACGAUGCUCGCCAAGCUUUCCACUGACCCGUCUUUUUGUCAAAAGAUCAAAAUUAUGUUCGCCUUGGCCCCAGCUGUAUUCGUUACACACACCAAAGGUCUAAUGAAGGUGUUGGCAACCGAGAACUCACCAGAAUUUGAUGUCUGGAUAGGGAAGUUUGGAUCAGGUCAGUUCUCCCUCAGCGACUCCUUGAUGAGUUAUUUCAAGCCAUCGUACUGUGACAAGGAAUUUCAACGCAAACUCUGCAAGAAACUCUUGUUUAAGAUUGGUGGCCCAAGUAAGAAAGUUAUAGAUACGGCCAGUACCGAGCAGAGAAUUCAGAAACGAAUUUCCGUCUAUCUAUCUCAUUUCCCUGCUGGUACAUCAUCCCUGAAUGUCCUACACUGGGUUCAAAUGGGCAAAACGGGAUGCUUGUCUCGAUUGGACUACGGAGAGAAAAUGAAUAUGGAGAUAUACGGGCAGGUAUGGCAGUUUCUUGACCCUAAUCUCAGGCAUCAAGCCUCCCAAUUUCAGGAGUCUCCUCCCUCAUAUGACUUUAGGAAAAUUCUCCACGUUCCCAUCCACAUUUUUUCGGGUGGAAAUGAUUGGAUUGCUGACGAUUACGACAUAAGAACAUACUUGGUUCCUCUUAUAGAACCUCUUGUCAAGGUAAGGAGGCUCUGUAAAGUUUUAUUAGGUUGA